AUAAAACAAAGCCAUGGUCACAAAACGAAACGCCUUGUCUAAACGUAACAACACCAAUCCCGAGAACAGACUACACACCUAACGACAGAGUCCUAAUCAAAUGGCAUCUAUUUUCAAAAUGUGUCAAUUUAACAAACGUAAUUAGCAACUUCACAAUAUCAAUUCACAACGAUCCAGUAGUGACUGGUUUUGUAAAGCCGACUUAUAAAUCAUUGUAUGAUGAACUGAUUGCUAAUGUGAAUUCGUUUCAGUAUCUUUGGACUGUUCCAUUUAUCCAUUCCGAAAAAGUUGAAAAUAUGAGUUUGUUUUAUAUACACAUUGUGACGUCGUCGGCUUUAGAAUAUGAAAAUCAUGCAGUGAAACCAUUUGGUGUCGCUGGUCCAUUUGGUAUCGAAGAAGUUGCAGCGAAAUUUCCCAAAACUUGGUAUAUGCCUCAAAAAACCACGGCGUAUCAUACUAGCGUUUCAAAUCCAACUUUCACAAAAACUGAAUCCGAAGUUUCAUCAACAGG